AUGCAAUUGCCACCUGGUUUUCAAACUUCUUUUGGCAAAGUCUGCAAAUUGCAGAAGUCUUUAUAUGGUCUGAAGCAGCCUAGUCGGCAGUGGAAUGCUAAGUUAACUACUGCUCUACUUUCUCAGGAUGACAUUAUCCUAGCUAGCAACUCAAUUAAUGACAUUGAUCAAAUCAAGGAUUUCCUACAUUCCAUAUUUAGCAUUAAGGACUUGGGAAAAUUGAAAUAUUUCCUUGGUUUUGAAGUAGCUAAAUCAGCUGUUGGUAUUAGUCUAUCUCAGAGGAAAUACACUAUGGACCUCUUAGAAGAAAUUGGUUUGUUAGCUGCAAAACCACUCAACACUCCUAUGAUAAUCUCUUCUAUAUUGCAGAAAGAUGAUUCUGCUCUCCUCUCAGAUAACACAGUCUACAGAAAAUUGGUUAGUAAACUGCUUUACUUAUGCAAUACUCGUCCAGAUUUGUCUUUUGCAGUCCAACAAUUGUCACAAUUCUUAGAUUGUCCUACUACUUUGCAUCUACAAGCUUCCCACAGAGUACUUAGAUACUUGAAGAAAUCUCCAGGCCAGGGUCUUCUCUUCAACGUCUCUACUAAUAAUCACAUCUCUGCAUUCUCAGAUGCUGACUGGGCCACUUGUCCUGAUUCUAGAAAAUCAGUCUCAGGUGUUUGUUUUUUCCUUGGGAAAUCUCUUAUUUGUUGGAGAUCCAAAAAGCAAUCAACAGUUUCAAGGUCUAGCUCAGAGGCAGAAUAUAGAGCUCUUGCAGCCUUAUCCUGUGAACUGCGAUUGUUGGCAUAUCUUUUUAAAGACCUUCACCAGUCUGUGCCUAUUCCCUUUCAACAAUACUGCGACAGUAAUUCUGCUAUUCAGCUUGCCAAGAAUCAUUUUUUUUUUCACGAAAGAAUAAAAUAUAUUGAGAUUAACUACCAUGUGGUAAAGGAAAAACUUCAAUCCAAUCUCAUUCAUUUGCUUCCAGUUUCAAAUACUGAUCAGCUUGCAGAUGGAUUCACGAAGGCACUUGCUCCUCAUUCUUUUGCUUCAACAUUAUCCAAGCUGGGCAUCUUUGAUCUAUAUGCUCCACCUUGA